GCUACAUGUGAACGUGAUGCCAAUGUGACAGCUGUGCGUGUACGGUCCGUGGUGUGACUGCGGUCUGUAUUUAAUGGACAUUUAUUUGAAGAUUAGCAGAAUGCGUAGAGAGGCUUUAUACGGUCUUAACCAGUGCUGAAAGAGCUUAUACUUUGUAAAAAAUAACACUUAAUUCAUUCAUAUUUUUGAACUCGCUGGAUAACAAUUGGUAUUGAAUAUGGAGCUGUUUGCAACAGUUGAUCAGGGGGGUUGCAUUUUGGACAUGUCCCAUCUGAAUCUGGAGAGCUUAAAUUUGGACACUGUCGGUGACGAACGGAGGAGAGUGACCCAACAACUCUACCUGUAUAACAACCGACUGAUUGUGUUUCCCGCUUCGGUAUGUCUAUUCUCCAAUUUGGAAGUUCUGGAUAUAAGCAACAAUGGAUUAACGGUUCUCUGUGAGGACAUUCAACGUUUGUCAAACCUCAAAACACUCAUAGCCAAGAACAACCGUUUGAACGAAUUCUCGUUCCCAAAGGAAUUUGGGUCCAUGCAGAUAGACACAUUGAACUUCAGUGGGAAUAUAUUUGAAGAGGUGCCCAUUCAGUUUCUAAAACUCCAGCGAUUAAAAUAUCUGUCUCUUGGGGGUAACAGACUCAAAGCUAUCCCCUCAGAGAUAGAAAAUGUUACCAGUCUGGAGAUGCUUUAUUUGGGUGGGAACCUCAUCACCUCCAUCCCCCCAGAGCUGGCCAGCCUUCGCGGUCUCAGAUACUUGGUCCUUUGUGACAACCGGAUACAAAGUGUACCCCCCCAACUCACCAGACUCUACUCCCUGCGCUGCCUCAGUCUCCAUAACAACCUACUCACCUACCUACCGCGCGAGAUCCUCAGCCUGGUGCACCUGCAGGAGCUCAGUCUCCGCGGCAACCCCCUGGUGGUCCGCUUCAUCAAGGACAUGACUUACGACCCUCCCUCCCUGUUGGAGCUGGCCGGACGGACCAUCAAGUCCUGCAACCUGCCCUACCACACCAAUUACCUGCCUGGAAACCUGGUGCAUUACCUGGACCUGGCCAGCAAAUGUCCCAACCCUAAAUGUACCGGUGUGUACUUUGACUCAUGUGUGAGGCACAUCAAGUUUGUGGACUUCUGCGGGAAGUAUCGGCUACCCUUCAUGCACUACCUGUGCUCCCCAGAAUGCACCUCUCCCUGCAGCUCCAACCCGCAGAGCGACGCUGAGUCGGAGGACGAGAAGUGCGUGUCGGCCAACAGGCUGCAGAGAGUGCUUCUGGGAUAGGAGAAAGUGGAACGUGAAAGGACCUCGAGUUCACUGACACACAUACUGGAUGAUGGACAGUUUCCAUGACUCCCAACUCACCUGACUAACCCAACUUCUCCUGUGCCAUACACGAUAAACACCGACACUGAGCUGUUCACUUCCAAUAGAGUGCCACAUUCAACAUGAGAUGUAGGAUUCCUCAAGGAGUGAUUGUAAAGUAUAUUAACCGCAGUUUAUCUUUUUUUUUCUUUUCGAGCCGUAGUGUUUUAAACAUCUAACUGAAGCUUAUGGAGGACUGAUUUUGUUGUGGAGCACUCAUCAAAUGUAUUUUAAUGUAGAGCCUCAGUUUGUAGUUUCUGUGUUAACAUGAAGGGAUGAAUGAAUUGUAUGUAAAAAUGGAUUUUCUUUACAAUAUAGAUUCAGAAAUGCAGAAUGUGUUCCAUGCUUCUUUUUUUUAUCACCUCUCUUAACAGUUACUCUUUAAUCGUCAUACUUCUGUUGACACUUUGGCUGCUCGUACAUGUAAUCCUAAUAUACAGUAGUCUCUGUCCCCUGUAGCAUUUACACACCAGGCAUUAAUGCCUUCCCUUAUCUCACAAAACAACAAUUUGUGUUGUUACAAACCAAGGGGAAAGUUGUGUAUGUUAAUGUGAGGAUCUCUUGCUCAAAGAUACUAAUCCAGAGCUUGUACUGUGAAUUAAAUGUUUUACAUUGGUUUGAUUUUUUGAAUUUGUAUAAUUUAUUUGAAUAAAUCGAAAUGAAUAUCUA